GUUGUGUAGGCAACUAAGAGUUUUGCGAGGACGUGAUUGGUCGAUUCCAGAUUGUGUAAUCCGUCGGUUUGUUAGUCUCGCAGGGGUUUGUCUCAGUGUGGAGGCCAGUAUGGAUCCGUCGCGGGAUAUUCAAAAUUUUAGACGAAAUAGCAGCACCAGGUCUAGCGUUUCCUCAUGUUCUUCACUCGCAAUGGAGAUCAAACGAAAGAAAAUAAGAGAGAGCAUGUUUUUUGCAAACGAGGACUGUGACAUUCAGGAGAAGUUGGACUUUGAGAUGCGAAUGAGAGCGGGAGCUUACAAGCUUCUGGUUGCCAGCACUAAGAAAGAGCAGGUGUUAGACGCCUCCAGGAGUCUUUUAACCUGUAAUGCCAGAAUUAAAGCCUACAUGAGUGAAGCGCAGAUGAGAAAUGGGCACCAGGAGAGCAGAAGGCCUUCAAGCUCUCAAAAUCAAGCUCCCUGUAAAGGGAAGGUGGCUAUAUCUGGUCUGCGAAUUCCUUUGUUUUGGAAAGAUUCUGAACAUUUUAACAGCAAAGGAAAUGAACGGAGGGUGGCAGUCUUUUGCUUGAUAAGGAUUGGCUCAGAGAUUCUUGACACAGGAAUGGUUAUUGCAGACCCAUCAGUGACUGAUAUUUGCUUUGAGGGUGUAAACGUAUUCUCUGAUGCUAAGCCAGACUUUGAAGUAAAAGUGGAGCUGUAUAGCUGUGGACUAGAGGAGGAGGGAACCUUUGUCAACACUCCCAAAAAACUUGCCAGGAAGCUGCGCUCUUCAUUCGGCAGAUCUUCAGGCAGGAAACUCUGCCCCCUUCUGGAUGGAGGAGACCCAGACACUUUUCUUCAGUCCAACCCAAUUCCACAAGGUGCACGAUACUCAAUGCUAGCGUACACCACGCUGGGUCUGGAGCAGGCGGAAGGCUCUUUCCAAUCCCAUUCUCUCAUGAUCCUGCAAAACGUGGAGGCUUCGUCAUGGCUGCCGCUCUAUGGAAACCUGUGCUGUCAGCUGGUGGCUCAGCCUUAUUGCAUGACACAAGACAUGAUGAGAGGCUACCUGAGCCAACAGCAAAGCAUUGAGGGUUUGCAGCGCAGCUGUCGACUGUACUGUAUGCUAAGGGCUGGCCGUCUUUCUUGCUAUUACUCACCUGAAGAGAUUCAAGCUAAAAUGGAGCCGAGUCUCAUUAUUCCCAUUAACAAGGAUACUCGUAUCCGCGUUGUAGAUAAGGAUACCCAGAGGACAGGCUCUAGACUGACCCUAAUAAACCCUGGAAAUGGAGACUCAGCCGGUCAUGUUUUUAUUACAGAGACUCCCUAUGUCUUGCAGGAGUGGCUUGAUGCAUUAUGGCAACAUAUUUAUGACCAGAGUCAGUGGCAACACGCAUGCAACAAGCUCAUGGAAAUUGAGGUUUUAACGUCAAGGAAACUCCCACUCUUUCUGACGAAGCAAGCAGAUUCUGUUUAUAAUGAUUUGAGCAUUGGCUCCCCUGGGAAAUUCGAAAGCUUGACUGACAUAAUACACAACAAGAUCGAGGAAACUGAUGGGCGCUUUCUCAUUGGUCAAGAGGAGGAAAGAGAGCCUCCUCAUUGGGGGGCACUGUUUGAGGGAUCUCGACCAGUUGUGGUACAAAAAACAAUUCUGUCGCCAGGUAAAGAAAGCAACCAGUCAUUUACGAGCCCCACCACGAGCACCAAAAAGAAAAGGAGAGCUCCACCACCCCCUCCUGAUAAAUUACCAUUUGUUCAACCUACCUGCAUCAUAUCCAAUCAGGAGAAAGAGAACUGUAAAGGGGCAAGGCCUCGAACAGGGCGACCAUCACUGGAUGCUAAAUUCUCCGCCAUCAUCCAGCAGCUGCAAAAGAACCACACUUCCUCUCGGAAAAAUGCACCUCUAGGACAGAUUGAGCCCUGUCAACACCCUUACACCCCAAAAAAUGAAGAAUCUGAUCAAAUUCACAACCAGGAACCUCCGGUGCCGGCCCCCAGGAACAAACUGAAGAUGUCAUUCAGAGAGAAGAUGCACCCCAAAGCCUGGUGAAUUAA